AUGGAACAGAGGAGGGCUCGCAAGAAGAUGUAUCGAGAUCGAAAGAUGAACAUAUUUAAAAAGGCGGAUGAACUGUCCAUACUCUGUGAUACUGAUGUUGCUGUGAUCCUGUUCCAACCAGCUGACGAAAGCACUACUGCUCAACCAGUUGCAGAAACUUGGCCAAAAGAUCCUACAGAAUUCAAGUGCAUAUCGGCAGAUACAAGAAUUUCGAAAGAGGACAGAGGUAAGAAGAAGCUGCGUGUUGAUAAUGAUGAGAACAUAAAUUCCGAAGAGGCAAUGAGGAUGCAGUAUGAGUUUCACACAAAUGGGCAUGCUGCUGGAAAAGAUGAACUGUACAAGCGCGACAACGAAUUCAGGAUUGGAUAUGAUGAUCUUGAGCUGGCAAAGCUUGCUUCACUAGAAGCUAGGCGAGAUGCUAUAACAAAGAGGAUUGCUUCAUUGGAGGCAGCUCCUGCGUGCAUUCCAACUCCUGUACUUUAUCACUUUAUUUGA